AAAUAAACGUAAACGUAAACCCCCCAAAACCCUAAAAUUCCCCCCUUUUAUUCUCGGAAGUCUAAACCCUCAACACUCUCUUCGCCAUCUCCCCGUUACCAACACAACACGAAAAUGUCUUUCACUGCAAUUCUCCGCAAAUCGGCUUCCGCUGCAACACCACUAGCGUCUCGACUCGUUCGAGUCGGCCAGAGAGAUUACCACUCUGCACUCUUCUCUGCACUGAAACGCCAAGUCAAUCUCCCUCGGAAAAGUCCCUCCUGCGUUCCAUUUCUGCAACGUUAUUGUUCUGCGGCUACUGAAACUCUGAGGCCCAGUUCAACCGAGUCGCUUCUUCGAGUUAUUGAAUCGGAAAUCAAGGAUGCCCAGGAAAACGAUGACAAUGAUCGUGUCGAAGAGAUUCCAAAGGACUUCCCUUUCAAGAUUGAUGACAAUGCUGGGCAGCAAACUGUGAUACUGACAAGAGAAUAUGAAGGUGAACUUGUGAAAGUUGAAGUUCACAUGCCUGAUUUUGUCACCGGGGAGGAAAAUGAUGUUGAUGAUGAUAAGGAGCAGCCUGUGCAAUCUAGUAUACCAUUAGUUGUUACGGUCUCCAAGAAGAGCGGAACUUGUCUACAGUUUAACUGUGUUGCUUAUGCUGAUGAGAUAACAAUCGACAGCAUCUCAAUUGGAGUUCCUGAAACUUCUGAAGAUGAAAUGGCCUUUGAUGGACCUAACUUUCAUGAUUUGGAUGAGAACCUGAAGAAAGGUUUUCACAAGUAUCUAGAGAUCAGAGGAAUAAAGGCCAGCACCACCAAUUUCUUACACGAGUACAUGAUCAGCAAGGACAGUCGAGAAUACAUGGGAUGGUUGAGCAAUCUUAAGCAGUUCAUUGAAGCAUAAAUUUUAAACUAAAUGCUCAACAAACAAAGACAUUGAGAAUUGUUAUGCUAGUGGAAAUCUUUAAGAAGCUUAUUGUAAAAACCUCAUCAUCCAACAAUGUCAGUAGAGAGAUCAUGCCAUGUAUCUUUCUGGUGUACGACUCCGCCAAAAAGCUGAUUGAAAUGCUAUAAUUAGUGCUUAUUAGCA